GAAAGAUGUAAAUACAAGAAAGUUACGAAUAUGGAAGUAGAGAUCAUCUCCAAGGAGGCCAUCAAACCCUCCAAACCAACCCCGUCUCACUGUAAAUUAUACAGACUCUCAAGUUUAGAUCAACUCUCUCCUAGCAUUUAUGUUCCGAUCCUCUUGUUCUAUGAAGCCCCUACGACACCUCAAAAACGCGCUGACUUAUCUUCACAACUAAAGAGCUCACUCUCAGAAACCUUAACUUAUUACUACCCAUUUGCAGGAAGAAUCAAAGAUGGUUCUUAUAUUGAUUGUGAUGACGAGGGUUCUCUUUUCAUAGAAGCCCAGGCUAAGAACAAUCUAGUUGACAUCCUCACUUUUCCAAAACUUGAGGCCUUGGAUGUGCUCUUUCCUGAUGAAAAGCAAUGGAAGAGCUCAAGGAAUUCGAGUGUUUUGGCUGUCCAACUUAGUUACUUUGAUUGUGGGGGUCUCUCCAUUGGCAUAUGCAUUUCACACAAAAUUGCAGAUGCUUGUACCAUAUUUACUUUCCUCAAUGAUUGGGCUUCCCAAGCCCGAAAGUCUGGGGAGUCAAUCUGCCCUUUGUUCAACACAACAUCAAUAUUCCCUCCUAAUGAUGAAUUUGUCAUCCCGGAGCUUGAAUUUGUGAAAUCCAAUGUCGUUACAAGAAGAUAUGUAUUCCAUCCAACAAAAAUAUCAGAGCUCAAGGCCACCAUAGUCUCCAACUCAAAUUCCCUACACAACCCAACUCGUGUUGAGGUUGUAACAUCACUUAUAUUUAACUCCAUCAUUCAAGCAACUAAAAUCCGGUCCUUUGGCUUGGUAAAGUCAUAUGUAUUGGCACAAACAGUAAACAUGCGUUCUAGAAUGGUCCCACCGUCGGUAAGGAAUUCCAUGGGCAACAUAGUUUGGUACUUCCCAGUGAUGAUCAAAGACAACGAAGACAUCAGCCUAGAAAGAUUGGCAACCCAAAUGAGGGAAGGUCUUGUGAAAUUAUGUGACUUUGCUAAAAAUGUGGAAGGGAAAGAUUGGCUUUUGAUGGCAGCUGCGUCAGAAAACAACGGCAGUGAACAUAGCAUGAACGACGCUUACAAAAUUAGCAGCUGGUGCAAGUAUCCUGUGUAUCAAGUAGAUUUUGGUUGGGGAAACCCUAUGUGGGUUAGCACUGCUGAGUAUCCUUACAAGAAUAACAUCUUUCUGAUAGAUUGCAAAGAUGGAGAGGGGAUUGAAGCAUGGGUGACAUUGGAUGAAGAUGUAUUGUUUAUACUUCAAGGUGAUGAAGAGUUUCUCAAAUUUGCAUCCUUGAAUCCAAGCAUUUAA